UUUACCGCAGUUAUCCCAAAUAUAAUUAAUAAAACAUGCUUAAUAUUUUUCUUUUAUUUUUUUAAAACAAAAUAAUUUUUUUUAAAUAGAAAGAGAAUUGCAAUAUUUCUUUUUCUCUUUUUUUCUUUUUUUCUCUUUGCUAGAAACAUAACAACAAAUUUAACUCAAUAAAAAUUUAGGUUCUCACUCACGGCGUCGGCGGAGGUCUCUACCAGGCAUCCUCUACAUUUCUUAAGAGGUAUCCUGCUGAUCUUUUUAGGAGAGCUAAAAUUAAUUCAGUAUUGGAUUGGCAUCACUCGAAAUUACGUCCUGGUGCAGCUUCAGCAAAAUUUGUUCUGUUCACUGUUCUUGGGUCUGCACCUGGCAUUCAACCGAAUCCACAAGCAGCUUCUGAAGCAGAGAAAAUUCUUUCAUCCUCUCUGUCAAAACUAAAGAGUAGAGACCAUUUGGCAUUGGGGAAGUGAGCUUCAUCAGCCGAAGAAAGACGAUCAUUGAAAGCAUUGAGAACACAAGCAUUAACUCAAAAGCUAAGUAGCUUUUCUCUGUCCGUGCGUACUUUGAAGAAGCCUGUGCAACAAAGGUUAAGAGGAAACAUCACACAAAAAUGGGAGGAAGAGGAGUAAUAGGAGACAAAUGGUCCAUGAGGGUUCUCUGGGCAUGUGCGAUUGGAAGUGCAUUUAGCUUGUACUUGGUUGCUGCUGAAAGGCAGUUGCAAAACAGACAACGAAUGCUGGCGGAAAGUUUAGAAGCCAUGGAAUUAGAGUCUGGGGAUGGUGAUGAGUGACAUUUUAUUCUGAUGAAAUUUCGAGACCAAAACUAGAUAAAGACGUUUCUCUCUAUGGGAGUACAAUGUUUAUAUAUUUUCCUGCUUCCUUAACAAAAUUCCACACCUUUAUUUUAUUGAUAGGAAUCGUCAAGUACAAGUAAAAUGGAAAAAUACAUUGACGGAAUUUCUUCCAUCCAUAAUGAGAAUGAGAAUAAAAUUUUAAGUUUAGAGAAA